AUGAAUGCGACGCCGCGCAUGCGGUUUGGGGGCUACCCCGAGACCCCAGCCCCAGGUCAUCGAGGUCAAACUCCAUCACCGACUCGAAAUGCCAGGCCGAGGGCUUCGCUGCCUGAAGCUCCCGUGAAUACCGCCGCCGCCACGCCCGAGAGCCAGCCGCUUAUACCCCUUGCCGUCAUCGACGGCCCGAGCCAACGCCGCUAUGCUUGCGCCAUCUACAUAGGCUUGCUUGCCUGGCACUUCUACGACUGGUUUAAGGCAGAUAACAACGGCGGGUCUGCCUACUUUUUCACGAAAUGGGUGUUCCUAGACUUUCUCUACCUAUUCUCCCUUCCGUCCCUGAGGAUACCUCGCAUGGAGUACUCGUCUUCGGCCGUCAUGUACUACUACGUUGCGCACGUGAUAUUCAACUGGCUUUCCAUGUUCAACAUCAUUCCCAUGCCCGGCAUAUCGUGGCUGUUAUUCUUCUGGAGGAUCUUCUACAAUAGGGAAAUCGCCAUAUCCGAACACAAUGUCAAGGUCUCCAAUAUCUUACAUAACUCCUCCCUCAUCAUGGGCAAACAGAUCAUCAAUAUUCUUCCCGAAGGGUCUGCUCUCCUCAAUCCCGACAGACACCCUUACUGCCUUGGCGGAGAAGGCCACAGUAUCGCCAGUGUACCUCUAUACUUCAACGCUACCGUACCGGUCGAAGUCGAGCUUAUCCGUUUCCAUCUUGAAACGAAUGCCGAGGAGAUUGUGAAGCUCGGUCGAAGAGAGAUCAAGGAGAUCGGCAGGCAGUCAGCAACAAGCCUGGAAGACGGAACCUUGGGUAGUUACAAGUAUGAUCUAUUGAUCAAGAAACCCGGCGCCUACAGGCUAAACAAGGUUCUGGACGAGUAUAAACUGGAGGUCCAGAGGAUCAGCGCGCCUACCUUCGUUGUCCCAUGCCCGAAAGCAAAGGUCCGAACAGCGGAAUCCUCCACGAGGUGUCUCGGAGACCUGUCAGACCUAUCAUUGGAUGUCGACGGGACGCCACCUCUGAAGAUUGUUUACAGUCGAAGCAUCAAUGGAAAGGAUCACAGCUUCCACUUCCAGAGCCUUCAGCCCGAGGGAUUCUCAUCCCCCUUACUCGGUUCGCAACCUUCGACGAGUUUGAUUUCUCCAGGUAAUGAGGACUACACGUGGGCCAGAUCUCAAAAGGUUGUCGUCAGCCUCAACGAGUCUAUGACGAAUGCAGGAGAGUGGCAAUAUUCCGUUGAUGAGGUACUCGAUGUCUUUGGCAACAAGGUUUCCUUCUCACAGCCCGAGGAGGCCGAAAUGAGAUCGCGGCCGAAGAACCUAUUCCAAAACUUCAUCGUAAGGGAACGACCGCGGGCCACCAUCGUUGGCUGUGACCUCCGGCAUCCCCUCAAAGUGGCCAAAGGACGGCGCACGACGCUCCCUGUCAGGAUCGGCCGUCCCGGCCAAACCCCAGAGAGCGUACCUCACACUUUAACCUGGCACUUUUCCCCCAUUGACACUCUCAGCGAAAGUGGCGACCAUGGUGAUGUUGUCGAAGCCGGUUCGUUCACCGCUAAGAACGUUGACGACCAACCAACGAUAUCUGCACCAGGCCUGUACACUUUGAAGUCGGUAUCCUGCGCCUCGUGCGAUGGAGAGAUCGACGAGCCUUCAUCAUGCCUGCUGCUCAAUCCCCCAGAACCCAAGUUGACGAUCCAGGCUGAAGAAAUCGCUGACAAGUGUGCUGGCAACCCUAUUGGUCUUGCUGUGAACCUCGAUCUAGUCGGCACUCCGCCUUUCCUGGUUCAGUACGAUGUUAUCAGUGAGACUGAGCGCUUUAUCCGGUCAGAAAAUAUUGAGGUUAAAGGGCUCAGGGAGCACUUCGACCUUCGACCGAGGAACGCCGGUCGCUACCAGUAUCGUUUCAGGAAACUUCAAGACGCUAUUUAUAGUGUUGCUCUACCCCCUACGGAUGACUACUUCCUGGAGCAAAACGUCAAGCCGCCUGCCGAUGCAUUCUUCCUUGAUGUCAGCGGAACCGUCAAUGCCUGUCUUGACCAACCAGUCAAGCUUGACGUCGUGCUGGACGGUGAUGGUCCUUUCAAUCUCGAGUGGGAGUUGGUUCACGAUGGAAAGCGCAAAGCUGCAAAAGAGACCGAACUCUCGACCAGAACUUUCAAGAUCGAAACAGCUCCGUUAUCUUCUGGUGGAGAUUACACUCUCGCUCUAAAGAGCAUUCAAGAUAGGACCGGCUGUCGAAUUUCCCUCAAGGAAGAGGUCAAGAUCUCAGUCCGGCGGCAAAAGCCACGGGCCGCCUUUGGCUUGUUGGAGAACAAGAGGUCGACUACAGUCGUGGAAGCGGCUCCUGUCAAUCUUCCCUUGCGAUUAUCAGGUGACGGUCCGUGGAGGGUGUUCUAUCGCAACCUCAACGGAAGCGCCGAAACCGAGACUCGAGUUGCUCGGUCUGGUAAUGAUUUCAUUGAAGCAAAGGCUCAAGGAACCUACGAGAUCGUCGACGUGAUGGACAGUCUUUGUCCCGGCACAAUCGAUCCAAAGGCCAAAACCUUUGAUGUCGGAUACUUCCCGCGCCCGCAGCUGUCGUUAGUACCCACAGAUGCCAUCCAGCCUACAGACAGAGACCACAAGUAUAUCAAGAAGGACGUUUGCGAAGGUGACACCGAUGGAUUUGAAGUAGCUCUUCAAGGAUCUCCUCCUUAUCACGUUCAGUACGAAAUCAAGUACAAGCCCAAGAAAGGCUCGGGUUACGUACAUCAAGAAGAGUUCGAUGCUGCUUUGGGAAAAUCCUCGAUUCCGAUGGACACGUCGAAGGCAGGACUGUACUCUUACGCAUUUUCGGCACUCUCAGACAACCUCUACAACAACGACAAGAAGAAGCAGUCAUCACUGCUGACCCUAGAGCAGACAGUCAACGCCAAGCCUUCUGCGUCAUUUGUGAAGCCUGGCCAGACAUUCAAAUCCUGCAUGUCGGAACAAGCCGAAGAACGGAUCCCGAUCAAGUUGGAGGGCAAGGCUCCAUUUUACCUUGAGCUCGAGAUCAAGCACUACACCGGAAACUUCCCAGAGGUCUUCAGGAUACCCAAUAUCCAGACCAAUACCUACGACAUUGUCAUUCCUCGGCAGUAUUUGAAGCUAGGUGGUCAGCAGGUCAGGAUACGUAAAGUCCGUGAUGACCGUGGAUGUCGAGUAGAGGCAGAAACUGGGGGUCCGGUGGUGCACUUCCAGCUCUAUGAUGCGCCAGCGAUCUACCCCCUCGAGCAACGGACCGACUUCUGCGUGGGUGAGCGCUUGGCCUACACCCUCUCGGGCACGCCGCCUUUUGAGGUUCAUUAUGAAUUUGCAGGAAAGCAGAUGAAGGCCAAAUCUCCGACAACCAAUUUCCGCCGCGUAGCCGAGUCCCCUGGAGACUUCGCAAUCACAGGGAUAAGCGACAAGGCAAGCGAUUGUCGCGCCGCUGUCAACCUCUCCAGUACAAUCCAUCCCAUGCCCAGCGUCAAAAUCAGUAAAGGUCGUAUUUUGCAGGUCGAUAUCCACGAAGGGAGCGAAGUCGAGAUUCUCUUCGAGUUCUGGGGUACGGCACCCUUCGAGUUCACAUACACCCGCAGUACCAACGCGAGGAAGGGCCAGAAGACACAGGUGCUCGAGACCCGGCAUGACAUCAGCUACGAACACAGCAAGACUGUCACUGCGAGCCUCGAGGGUACAUACGAAGUUGUAGCCAUCAAGGACAAAUUCUGCUCAUUUUCGACUAUGAAUGUGGUGGCUCAAGAAAACAACCAAAAGGUGCUUCGGUAUUAG